AUGAAGCACAGGAGUUUGUUAUCAAUCCUCUGUUUUCUCCUCAUAAUAAGAUUUCGUGUUGCUCAAGUUUCAGCACAAACAUGCACGGACGACAAUGGGAAUUUCAGGCCAAACGGUACAUACGACGCAAAUCGCCGUCUCAUCCUCUCUUAUCUUCCUUCAAACGUCACGACUCACGACGGCUUCUUCUACAACGGCUCCAUCGGACAAGAACCGAACCGUGUCUACGCAACAGGGAUGUGCAUCCCAGGAACAACUCGAGAAAUUUGUUCCGAAUGUAUCAGGAUCGCGUCUGAUGGUUUAAUACAGAGCUGUCCUAACCAAACGAACGCGUAUACAUGGCCAGGUGACGCCACGCUUUGCCUUGUGCGCUACUCAAACACUUCUUUCUCAGGAUCUGCUGAUCUGGAUCCGCGUGUAUUGCUCUACAACACUGGAGAUAUAACCUCAAAUCAAACAGAGUUCACGACAAUAUGGGAGGGAUUAUUGGGUCGUAUGAUUGAUGCAGCCUCCACAGCUAAAGCCACGCCAUCGUCUAGUAACAACCAUUACGUAGCUGAUUCAGCGGCUCUCACACCUGACAGGAAUAUAUAUGCAUUGAUGCAAUGCACGCCGGAUCUUUCCUCUGCUGAUUGUGAAAAUUGUCUGCGACGAAGCGCAGUUGACUACCAGGGGUGCUGUGGUCAGAAUAUAGGAGGCGUUGUUUUGCGUCCCAGCUGCUUCUUCCGGUGGGAUUUGUAUCCAUACUCUAACGCUUUCCGUAAUAUUACGGUGGCUUCUCCUCCUCUGCAGCCUCCUGUGACUGUGCCACAACCUUCAGGUGAUCAGGCCAACACGACAGAAAAUGACACUAGCAAAGGAAUCUCAGCUGGAAUUAUCGCGGCGAUUACUGUUCCAACUGUAGUUAUCGUCUUCAUACUGCUUGUUCUAGGAAGACAUGAUAUAGCAGCUGCAGAUGAUGAAGGGGGUGACAUUACAGCUGUAGGCUCACUGCAGUUUGAUUUUAAAGAUGUUCAAGAUGCGACAGAUAAUUUUUCGAUAUAUAACAAACUUGGUCAUGGUGGAUUUGGAGAAGUUUACAAGGGCACACUGCCUAAUGGAUUACAAGUUGCCGUGAAGAGACUAUCGAAAAAAUCAGGACAAGGUGAAAAAGAGUUCAAGAAUGAGGUCAUUGUUGUGGCAAAGCUUCAACACAAAAAUCUUGUCAAGCUUCUCGGAUUUUGUUUGGAAGGAGAAGAGAAGAUACUUGUAUACGAGUUUGUGCCUAACAAAAGCCUUGAUUACUUUCUGUUUGACUCUAGGAUGCAGAACCAGUUGGAUUGGACUACACGGUACAAGAUCAUUGGAGGAAUUGCUAGAGGGAUCCUAUAUCUUCAUCAAGAUUCACGACUCACAAUCAUCCAUCGUGAUCUCAAAGCGGGUAACGUCCUCUUGGACGCUGAUAUGAACUCCAAAGUUGCAGAUUUUGGAAUGGCCAGAAUAUUCGAAAUGGACCAAACCGAAGACAAUACAAGAAGAGUAGUAGGAACCUAUGGUUACAUGGCUCCUGAGUAUGCAAUGCAUGGCCAUUUCUCCAUGAAAUCAGAUGUUUAUAGCUUCGGGGUCUUAGUUCUUGAGAUUAUAAGCGGCAAAAGGAACAGCAGUCUCAAUCAGAUAGAUAGUAGUGCUGGCAACUUGGUUACAUAUACUUGGAGACUAUGGAGCAAUGGGUCGCCGUUAGAGCUCGUGGAUCCAUCUUUCCAAGAUAACUAUCAAACAAAUGAAAUUACAAGAUGCAUCCACAUCGCUUUACUAUGUGUUCAAGAAGAAGCUGAUGAUCGUCCAACCAUGUCAGAGAUCCUCCAGAUGCUCACUACUAGCUCAAUCGGUCUCGCCGUACCUCGACCACCUGGAAUUUUCUUCCGAAGCAGGCAUGAACCGGUAGAGAGAGCAGGCCCAUCUAUGGAUUCGUCUGCUCUAUGUUCAAUUGAUGAUGCUUCCAUUACUAGUGUAGCUCCUCGUUAA